UGUUUCCACUCCACAUCCAACCACGAGUUCUGGAUCCGCCACCCGUCUUGUUUAGCUCUGUUGAUUGUUGAUUUCUGCUGUCCAACGUGAAAAAAACAGGAUUUCCUCCGUGUCUCCACACAUUUUCCUUCAUUUGUCUGAAGCAUCUUCAUCCUCUCUCAUCUCAUCAUGGGGAAUUCUUCAGCUGCAACCUUUGGAAUUCUUUUAUUUUACAGUCUUCUUAUGUUCACUUUACCUUUUAUAGCCUUUUUUGCAACCAAGCAAUAUAUUAGGGAACAUUUACAUGUAACAGGCUUUGCUCAGACUGCUUGGUCAGUCGGAGCAUCAGUUGUAGUUGUCAAUGUCAUAGUCUUCUCUUACGUGUGGAGGGCUUUCCGUGAACCUGUUGACCCAAUUGAGUCUGAGAGCACAGUAGGUUUUUCUGGAGAAAAUGACAAAAAGACAGACUGAACCUUAAAACGAAAUAUGUGUCCAACUAUCUCUACCUCAAUAAUGCUACUGGGUUUUGCCUCAGUCAUGUUAUGGUAACCACAACAGCUGCACAUUCCAUUUUGUAACUAGUUAUGCCAUUUUGAUUUUCAAUUUUAAUAUUUGUAUUAUUUUCAAUUUAAGCUACAAACCAUAUUAUAGUGCCACAUGUGGGAUGUAAAACCAGUAGAUUGUAUCUAGAUGAACAACGGUUAGUCUAAUAAUUGUGAUAAAUCCAUCUAGAAAUUGUUUAAUUCACAAAAAAAAUAUUCUAAUGCAGAUAAAUGACAACUGACAUGUUUGUACUCUAAUCAUCAUCACUGAUUGCUAGAAAAUAAACUUCUUUUAUAUUGUGCAGAA